AUGAGCCAAGCAAAAUUUCCCAAAUUGUUAGAUUACCAAAAACUCAAACAGCAAUUUGGUGAACAGGAAACAACAGAGUAUCAGCAUUCUACAUCCCAACCUGCAGAACUUGAUUCUGGCAUUGCAAAUGAUGAACACGCCUUUAAUGCGGAACAGGAUCUUGCACCCAAACCACAGGGCUUAACAGGUACACGUUUGCGUUCUUAUGCUUUUGCGGUGUUGACUCGAAAAGAAUAUUCCAAAGCUGAUCUGAUUGAAAAGCUGAUGACCUAUGCGCAAAGCCGUGAGGAAGUUUUAAUUUUGGUUGAUGAGUUGUCAGCGAAUAACUACCAAAGUGACCAACGUGUCGCGGAAAUGACUGUGCGUAGCCAAGUCCGUAGAGGUAAGGGCCCGAAUCGAAUCAAACUGGCUUUACGUGCCAAACAACUGGAUAAAGCCUUAGUACAAGAGGAUAUUGCAGAAAUUGAUUGGCCUACCAAUUGA